AUGUCCUUCUCCUCGCUCGUCUCAGACAUUGCCAACCGGAGCUCGGAACGACCAGAUUUCCGCUCGCAGGCAUCAGAGGCGCGGUCGACGCGAUCGUAUGCUAGCACUGCCGCGACCAGCGUGAGCAUAGCGGGAGAUAUCAAGAGUCAAUUGCAUGGAGGGUACAGCCACCCGCUGUCGCGGUCUUGGCAGGCCGAGCGACAGCUCACAAAGUCGAUGCUCAUAUACCCCCUCUUCAUCUCUGACCAGCCGGACGAGGAGACGCUCAUUCCCUCCCUACCGAACCAACACCGCCGAGGCCUGAAUAAGAUCGUUCCAUACCUCACACCGCUCGUUGCGAAGGGCUUGAGGUCGGUCAUACUGUUCGGUGUGCCCAUUGCACCCAAUGCGAAGGACGCCCUGGGUAGCAAUGCCGACGAUCCAAAGGGCCCAGUCAUUAGAGCGAUCCGCAUACUCCGACGAGCGUUCCCCGACCUCUUCAUCGUUGCCGACGUCUGCCUUUGCGAGUACACUUCACACGGACACUGUGGUAUCCUGCGGGACGAUGGCAGUCUGAACAACGCGUUAUCGGUUGAGCGCAUUAGUGACGUGGCUAUAUCCUACGCACUGGCUGGCGCUCACUGCGUCGCCCCCUCGGAUAUGAACGACGGCCGUGUCCGUGCUAUCAAAUUGAAGCUCAUCGAAGCUGGCAUAGCUCACCAAAUCGUGCUCAUGUCGUAUUCGGCUAAAUUCUCAGGAUGUUUAUAUGGCCCCUUCCGCGACGCUGCAGGCUCAUGUCCUUCAUUCGGCGACCGACGAUGCUACCAGCUUCCUCCCGGUGGCCGAGGCUUAGCACGGCGAGCCAUUAUAAGAGACAUCAGCGAAGGCGCUGACAUUAUCAUGGUGAAGCCAGCCAGCCAGUACCUAGAUAUCAUCAGCGACGCAAAGGAGCUCGGAAAGGAUAUGCCAAUUGCAGCGUACCAGGUGUCCGGCGAGUACGCUAUGAUCCAUGCUGCAGCGGCAGCCGGAGUUUUUGAUCUAAGGCAAAUGGCCGAAGAGGCCACACAGGGCAUCCUACGAGCGGGAGCUUCGAUAGUUGUCACCUAUUUCACGCCAGAGUUCCUGGACUGGCUAAGUAACUAG